GUUGCGGAAUGGCAAAAUGCGCUUUCGGGCAAACACGAAGUGCCACAAUUCCGAACCACUUCAGAAGUGGCACCUAUUCGCCAGGACGCACCCACUAUGGUCUUGAUCUUCUAUCCCCGCCCGGACGAAGGUGAUGCAAGGCCUAUCCACCAGAGCCCCUCUUACCUAAAGAGAAUCGAACGCAUAGCUCAGAUGGGAGAGCAGACGAUUCUCUACAUCCCGCCCGAGCUCGCGGAAACAAUCCGCGCCAUGCGACCAGACCCGCAUUGGCACAUAGUGGACUCCUACGCCACGGUUUGGGAUAUACCGACUAACGACUACCAGCGCGACAACUUCGCAAAUGUGCAACCGAGACUUUUCCGGGAAUUUGACGGCUAUGGGGAUGCUGAUGGUGAGCUGAGGCCCGUGGACAGAUACAACCGCGCCCAUCACAGCGCCGUAUGCAAUGCGAAGGCAUUCAUCAUGUACGACGCCAUCAUGCGCAAUCCCUUCGGUUCUGACCGGUGGAUGUACGUAGACGCGGGAUUCCUCUUUGACGACGGCCCCAGAGACUCCGAUGGCAUGAUUUGGGGUGACCUCAUCAAGAGCGGCCUCGACUCGGCAAAGAUUGAUCGUGCCAUCAGUGUCUCACGCGACACGGGGGUGGUCAUGGGCGAGUAUUCGCACCGAGAUGGCUGCCCGGACAUUAACGACGAAUGCUGGAGCAAUCCUAGACGGACCUGGCGCAGCCGCCAGUUCAUUGCUAAUGUGUAUGUGGGCAACUCGCUCGGCAUGCUGAACUACAGCGCGCGCUUUAUGCAGACGGUAGAUGAUAUGGAUGCUAACGGCUUCUACACCGGGCGCGAGGAAUUUGUCGUAGCCUUUGUCGCCCUUCGCUACCCCAACUCCGUUUUCUCCAUCCCGUGGUUUCCUCUGCCUCGACGGCUUGAUUACCGUUGGCAGUUCCCCGGGAAGCUGGUGUUUUCUCGCGUUGGUGGCCCCCAGUCGGUACCCCCUAUUGUGGACCCAAUCGCUACAUUGUACGUUCGCGACUAUGUACCGAGCCGCCAGAGGCUGGCUGCGGGAGGGAUCUAUAUCACGUCUCCAAAGGAUCAUUAUGAAUGGGAAGUCCGUCAUGGGCUGACGAUACCUGCCUUACGGGUCUCAUGUAGCACAUGUUACAGACUGAGUGAGAAUAGCAGUUAGCUUGCCUUUGGCUCGCUUGUAGGUAGUAAAAGACCUUGAUUAACGGCUGUCCCUCUCCUAAACCCCUUUGAGGC